AGGAGGAAGGAAACAGAGAAAAUCAGGAUAAUAAUAGCUAUAAUUUGGAACUAGCUACUAAGUAAAUAGUAACACAAUGGGAAGGUCCCCAUGUUGUGAUGAGAGCGGUCUUAAGAAAGGACCUUGGACUCCUGAAGAAGAUCAAAAGCUAGUUGAACACAUUCAACAACAUGGUCAUGGAAGUUGGAGAGCACUGCCUAAGCUAGCUGGUCUUAAUAGAUGUGGAAAAAGUUGUAGGCUAAGGUGGACAAAUUAUUUAAGACCUGAUAUUAAGAGAGGAAAAUUUUCUCAAGAAGAGGAGCAAACAAUUUUGCAUCUUCAUUCUAUCCUUGGAAACAAAUGGUCGGCAAUUGCAACACAUCUACCCGGAAGAACAGAUAACGAGAUAAAGAAUUUCUGGAACACUCAUUUGAAGAAAAAAUUGAUUCAAAUGGGUUUUGAUCCAAUGACUCACCAACCAAGAACUGAUCUUGUUUCUACUUUGCCAUAUCUACUAGCUUUGGCAAACAUGACAGAACUUAGGGAUCAUCAUCAAUCAUGGGAUGAACAACAGACAGCUAUGAGUAGUUUACAAGCAGAGGCAGUUCAUCUUGCAAAGCUUCAAUGCCUUCAUUAUUUACUCCAAUCUUCAAAUUCUUCCUUAAACAUUAAUAAUAAUAUUAAUAAUACCAAUAAUUCUUCCUAUGACCAAAAUGCCAUCAUCACAAACAUGGAACAAGAACCUUUAAGUUUGUUAAACACAAUCUCUAAUGUGAAACAGAACACAAUAAUAGAUCAUGCAGCCACAUUUUCUAGCUCUCAACCACUCCACCACCAAAGUAUGAUACCUCAUGAUCACUUUUUAGACCCACAACAAGUCUCUUUCAGUUCACAAUCAUGUUUGAAUAAUGAACAGGGUCAAAAUGGUACUAUUACUAACUAUGCAAUGCUAAGUCAAAGGAAUCAGGAUUAUCCUACAGUUGAUCAUGAAACAUCAUGGAUUAAUGUUCCAUCUUCUGCUCCAUUAUCAAUUCCUACAAAUGCUAUAACAGGAGAUGCAAGUAGCUGCACUUCUAGCUAUGGAGGAACACCCUCUGCACCUUAUUGGUCUGAACUUUUUUUUGAGGACCCCAUUAUGCAUGAUUUAUCUUAAUAUUUAAUUUUCUUUGAGGUUGAAUUAUUGUGUGUGACUGUGUGUGUUAUGCAUCUGUCAGCUUAUUGGUUUCUU